AUGUACAAGACCACACUGUACAAGACCUCAAUGUACAAGACCUCAGUGUACAAGACCUCAGUGUACAAGAACACAGUGUACAAGACCCCAGUGUACAAGACCCCAGUGUACAAGACCACAAUGCACAAGACCUCAGUGUACAAGACCACUGCACAAGACCCCACUGUACAAGACCUCAGUGUACAAGACCACAGUGUACAAGACCUCAGUGUACAAGACCACAGUAUACAAGACUUCAGUGUAAAAGACCUCUGUGUACAAGACCCCAGUGUACACGACUUCAGUGUACAAGACCACAGUGUACAAGACCACAGUGUUCAAGACCACAGUGUACAAGACCACAAUGUACAAGACCCCAGUGUACAAGACCUCAGUGUACAAGACCACAGUAUACAAGACUUCAGUGUACAAGACCACAAUGUACAAGACCCCAGUGUGCAAGACCCCACUGUACAAGACCACAGUGUACAAGACCCCAGUGUACAAGACCACACUGUACAAGAUCCCAGUAUACAAGACCUCAGUGUACAAGACCACAGUUUACAAGACCCCACUGUAUAA